AGCCCGUGAAAAAAAGAUAACCCAAUAAAACGAUCUGUUGUAACAUUCAGCCCAAUUCCCCUGUGCAGCGUCUUCUUCAUGUACCCAGGUUGGGUUGAGAGAAGGACAUUGAUGAUUAAUUGAAGCUUCUUCGGUUAUACUGUAAUUCUUGUUACAAAUUCUUAAAUUUUCCUUUUCCAGAUGUAUACUGAUCAGAAGAAAUGCCAGCCGCUGGCGGCGUCUUCUUCGUUUUACCGCAAGAUCUAUUCAGAAGUAGAAGAAAUAGGGUGGGGAAAUCUCGUUAGGUUGGGGGAAGAUUUGACAUCCCUUAGUUUCCGUAUAAUAGACCGGAAGGGAAGAACGCAUAUGGUGGGAAUAAAAUUGGAUAAAGCCUAUCCAAAAUCUCCCCCCUCAGUAUCCGUGGAUGUUCCAAGCAUCUUCAAUUUGCAAUGGUCUCCUCACUCAAAGCUAAGCGGUGUUCUUGAUCAGUUUGGGCAGCAUCUGGACAAGCUUCAACCAUUUUGGUCUACAAUGGAUGAAAUUGACAGCUCUCUUCGGGUUUGUGCUCCUAAACAGACACGGUUUGCCUCAUCGCAACGCCAAAUAGAUAUAGGCAAUGGUUGCUAUAUCGUCUUGUGUAUAGACCCAGAUGACCCUAAAGCUCUGCCAGAGUGUCGUUUUAUUGGUCCACAUUCGGAGGUGAAUGUACUCGUUACAACAUGGAGGAGAAAUUGCUGGAGAUGGAUUCGAGAUAAAUCAUUUGUGGAAAAUGUGAAGAGUUUAUUGAAAAUUCACUUACCUGAACAUCCCAAUGAACCAAAGAGUGACCAGCUGUGUGAAGAAUGUGGGAUUUGCUAUGCACAAAAUCUCCCAAUUGAUACUGAGCUUGGAGUCGAUAGUGGGUGUGGAACCGAUAUUACAUGUAAGAAUAACAACUGCCGGAAGGCCUUCCACCGUAUCUGCCUUUUGGAUUGGCUUCGUUCCAUCACAACAACAAGACAGUCAUUUGAUGUUCUGUAUGGGAAUUGUCCCUACUGCUCAGAUCCCGUUUCAGUCAAAACAUUGUAACUUUUUGUUGUCACACCACCAAAUUUGCAUUCCUCAUUGGUAAUUUGAUUCCCAACAUGUGAAGUUGAUGUUUAAAUUAGGGUUAAACCUUGAUGAACUUGUUAACCCAGAAGGCCAAAACCUUUAUGAAUCUAAAGCUUUGCUGAUUGCUGAAGUGAAUGUUGGUCAAAGAUUCCUUUAUCCAGCAUCAAAUGCCAACAUGAUUGGGGAGUUCUCUAUGUAUCAAGUAUAUACUCUUGUACGGAGUAUGUAUUAAUCAAAUUGUGAAGAAACCAAUUCAAUCAAAAGAUCAAUCUUAUGGGUACAGGUACAAAAAUGU